GUCUCGGGUUCUGAUUGGUUGGUCGCGGAGUUUACUCUGUCUGCUGAUUGGCUGACUGUUCCUGCCAGGGUAUCGGGGGCAGAAACAAACAUGGCGAAUUUGAGGAGCUUGAAGGGCCUGGUUGGCAUUGUCACCGGUGGAGCCUCAGGUCUGGGCCGGGCCACGGUUGAACGGUUAAUACGACAAGGAGCCAGUGCGGUCAUUCUGGAUUUACCGAGCUCCGAUGGGAACAACGUGGCCAAGUCUCUUGGGGAGAAGUGUGCGUUUGCGCCCACAGAUGUGACCUCAGAGGCGGACGUGAACAACGCGCUGGAGGUGGCGCGCACGAAGUUUGGAGGAGUGAAUAUCGUGGUGAACUGUGCCGGGAUCGCAGUUGCUGUAAAAACCUACAACAAAAACAAGCAGAAACCUCACAGCUUGGAGGAUUUCCAGAAAGUUAUAAAUGUGAACAUCGCUGGCACGUUUAAUGUUAUUCGCCUGGCAACAGGAGAAAUGUUAAAAAAUGAGCCGGACAAGGACGGACACACGGGAGUCAUAGUUAACACUGCCAGUAUUGCUGCCUAUGAUGGACAGGUUGGACAAGCGGCGUACGCGGCUUCUAAAGGAGGAAUCGUAGGAAUGACUCUCCCCAUUGCUCGAGAUCUGGCUCCACUCGGCAUCAGAGUUGUGACAAUAGCUCCUGGAUUAUUUGCCACCCCUCUCCUCCUCGGACUUCCUGAAAAGGCAAGAGAAUUCCUGGCCAAGCAGGUACCUUUCCCGAGCAGGCUGGGUGACCCUGAGGAGUAUGCCCACCUGGUACAGACCAUCGUAGAGAACCCAAUGAUAAAUGGAGAAGUCAUCCGCCUGGACGGUGCCCUUCGUAUGCAGCCGUAAUGUCUUGAGCACCAUUCAGGACAACACUAAGCCCCCCGUCAAUGUCUGAGGGCAUCAGUUCUCGAUUACACAAGGAGCAGCGAUGGAACGUCCUCCUAGACCGCACGGUCUGUGAAGUGUCUGUGAUGCCAGGAAUGUGCCCAGAAUGUUCUAAUAAAGACCUGGAAGAUCUGUCAUUGAUUGUAUCUCAGAAUUGUUUGUUCCUAACAUUUUUCUGUAAAAUAAAUAAUAAUGCAAUUCA